CUUCCUUUGUAGUCAAACCAGAAUCAAUCCUGUCCUUCCUCAUUCGCCUAUCCAUUUCUUGCAUUCUUCUUCACUUUCUCUCUCCUCUCUCUCUUUCUCUCUCUAUAUUUACACACAAAUAUAUCACAAAUUCGUUGCAUCAUUCAUUCAUUCAAUUACUGUGAACUCUUCCAAUGGCAGCACCUGUGGUAGACGCAGAGUACCUCAAGGAAAUCGAGAAGGCUCGUCGUGAUCUUCGUGCUAUCGUCUCCAGCAAUAAUUGCGCUCCUAUCAUCCUUCGUUUGGCGUGGCAUGAUGCAGGAACUUAUGAUGCUGCAACAAAGACAGGAGGACCUAAUGGUUCGAUCAGGAACGAGGAAGAGAAAAAUCACACCUCAAAUAAGGGUCUAUCAAAAGCAAUUGAUUUUUGCGAACCAGUGAAGGCUAAACAUCCAAAAAUCACAUAUGCUGACCUUUAUCAGCUUGCUGGUGUUGUUGCGGUUGAGGUCACUGGUGGACCCACCAUUGACUUUGUUCCAGGAAGAAAGGAUUCCAUGGAUUCUCCCAAAGAAGGGCGCCUUCCAGAUGCUAAACAAGGGGCUUCACAUCUAAGGGACAUCUUCUAUCGGAUGGGUAUGUCUAACAAAGACAUUGUAGCACUAUCUGGAGGCCACACAUUGGGAAGGGCACACAAAGAUAGAUCAGGCUUCGAAGGUCCUUGGACACAGGACCCUUUAAAGUUUGAUAACUCAUACUUUGUGGAGCUUAUGAAAGGAGAUACGGAGGGGCUAUUGAAACUUCCCACAGACAAGGCUUUAUUAGCGGAUCCUGAUUUCCGUCGCUAUGUUGAACUUUAUGCAAAGGAUGAGGAAGCAUUCUUUAGAGACUAUGCAGCAUCACACAAGAAACUUUCAGAGCUAGGGUUUACUCCGCCACGUACUUCGUGCUUCAAGCUAGGUGUAAAGAACCGUACAAUACUGGCCCAAAGUGCUGCGGUGGUAGCUGUUGCCUUAGCUGUUGUGAUCCUGAGUUACUUCUAUGAAUUUAACAGAAGAUUCAAAUAAAGAGGACAACACAGAAAUUCACACAUUUACGCAAAACAAACUUCAAAUAGAAAUCGCAACAACAAUGCCCAGAAGUCCUGAUUUAAUUUGUUUAUAUAUGUAAACAGACUGGUGGCCAUAGAGGCUGUAGGUAGAUGCAAUUGAACUUCCCUUCCUAAUAUUCAACAUGACCUCCCUAUAUAAAUAUCCCCUAUAUAUAUAUAUAUAUAUUGCAAUUUGCUGUUCUUGUACAUGUGCAGUUGUUCCUGAUUUCAUUGAUUCCAGUUAUGGAAUACAGUCAAAUUUUCAGUUCUCCUAA